AUGGGUAACUCAUGCGGAUAAACAUAAGAUACUGAAUUUGAGGAGAUUGAAUAAUAAUAAAUAAUCAAUUUAGAAAAUGAAAUUCAAAUCAUAAACACAACAAUCUAAGCUAAUAAUCAUCAAUUAAAAUUAAAAAAAGAAUCUCCUCAAGAUGGUUUCUUAAUAUCUAAUAUCGAAUUCAUAAUGAUUAAGCCAAAAAACGUUGAAGAGGGAACUUAAAUUAUGAGAGAUUUGCUAUAAUUUGGCAAUAAAAUAACUAUUAUCCCAAAGAUGAUGGAGGGGAGUCCAAAUUUGAGCACUAAAUCAGUGUCAAAGAAAGGUAUUUUAAAAAAUAAAGGGACUUAUGUGACAAAAAUAUCACUUCAUUCUUGUAAGUAACAGAAAACAGAUAAAUUUCAAAGGUUUUAAAAAAAAUGA